GAGAGGCGACAAGUUGGUUUCAUACCAAAUGAGUGUGGACAAUCAGCAAAGGAUUUCUUUCGCCAAGGCUUGCUAGAGAAUCGAGAUGAGUUCAAAGCUAUCAUACGGGAGGUGAUUAUGGAGACGGGAGGGGAAGCAAGUGGAUCACAGAGAGAUGUUCAGCAAAGGGACCCCGAGGCUUCAGGUCAGAGUGUUGUUGAGUCUGGUCGCAGGAGAGAGGAGCGCACCGUAAUACCGGCAGACACUGUUGGAGUGAAUGAGAGCAGAGACACGGGUGGUUCCAUUGAUGAAGCAGCUGGGGCAAGCGCGUCGGCUCUGGAAGAAGUACUUUUGACAGAAGAGCUGGAAACCCCAUUAUCGGCAUGGAAUUUGUGGUUCUGUGGAAACGAGAAAAGACAAAUUCCCCCUUUGAAAAAUGUUUCUGCAGGGGAGUUGAAGCCUGGACAAAGCAAUACAAAGCGACGUUCAGACGUGAAGUUUCUCGUGAAAUGUUUUGAGCAGCAUAUCAACAACGUGCUAGCUGACAAGGAUGCAGACGAGAGGGAUACAGAACUAAGGAGGUUUGAAGAGUUGAAAAGAGGAACCGGAGUCAGGCGCAUGUUCAGGGAAUCGCAGGAGAUUUUUGUCAAGUAUGAGUCGUCUUUCUACAGUUGGAUCAAUGUAGACUCGGGCUACAGUUUCCGCAGAGGGCAAUUGAAAUGGAAUACAUUCGUGAAGAAGUUAAGGAAAAAAUUCAAGAAGAACUCAGGCUCAUCUGCAUCAAGUCGUUGAGAAUAGUCAGGAUGAUGUUUUCUUUGAACAUGGAAUAAAAGUACUUGAAUACGCUG